AUGCUCAUACGAUCGAUAUCGCUCCUCUCCGCCGUUGCCCACGCAUCACCAAUCCUUGUCAAGAGACUGUUUCCAGACCCAGAACCCUGCUUGGGAAACUGCUCCUGGAUACACGACCCAAACAUCUAUGUCGAGGGAGGAACGUACCACCGCUUCAGCACGAGCGGAAACAUCGCUGUUGCGACGGCGGACAAUUUGAACGGACCGUGGACGUAUCAGGGGUCGUUGUUGGAAGAGGGAACGAGAAUCCAGGUUGAUGUCGGGAGGCAGGAUAUUUGGGCACCGAACGUCGUCAAGAUCGACGACACCUUCUACUGCUAUUACAGCGUCUCCUACCUCGGCUCUCAAGCCUCACAGAUUGGCUUCGCAACAUCAAAAACACUCGAAGUAGGAUCUUGGACCGACCACGGCAGCCUUAACAUCGCACAAUCACCGUCCUACAACCUUAUCGACCCAGCCAUCUUCCAAGAGACCUCGGAAAGCCCCGUCCACCUCACCUUCGGAAGCUAUUGGGAUGGAAUCUUCAGCAUGCAGCUCGCCUCUGAGGCUUUAGUCUAUAAGCGUGACGAAGCAGUGAAUAUCAGAGGCGGACCUUCUGGCACUCACGAAGGCCUCCAGCAGAAACGCGACACAACUGCAACCGGGCCCACUUCUUGGACGGACGGUUCUCUCAACCUGAACAAUCUCAUCCGCAACACCACCGCAAAUCCUGAUGUUGUAGAAGGCGCCUUCAUAUACCCGUACGCUGGAGAAUACUACCUGUUCUUCAGCGCCGGUAACUGCUGCGCCAUACCUCCAAAUCUCGCGCCGCCCGGCCACGAGUACAGGAUUCUGGUCUGCAAAGCCGCGACACCGGCUGGGCCAUUUACGGACAGAGACGGACGGAGAUGUGAUGAAAGUGGGGGAACAUUAGUGCUAGGCAGCCAUGGCGACGUAUACGCGCCGGGGGGCCAGGGGGUGCUGCUCGAUGACAAGACGGGGAGGACGGUGUUGUAUUAUCACUAUGGUGAGUGA